GGAGGCACAGUGUGCCGCCCGGCCGAGGCCCGUGCGCUGAGCGCAGCGACGACCAUGGCGAUCCUGAGUCGCUGCUGUUUCUUGUGCAGUAUACGCGACGGGACGCUCGUCAUAGGAAUCACCUGCAUCGUCUGUCGCGUUUUGGCCUCUGUCGCCUGUGUGGUGCUUCUGGCGUCGUACGCGCACGAGCACGGGGCAGAGCCAGGAGGCACGCUCAGAUACAAUAUGACAUCUCUCAAGCUCCUUCUGCCAGACAACCUGCUCGUCGUACUGUUCAGUGGAUUCCUGGUGAUAGGAUUAGUGAAGAAUCGCCGCUACUACCUCAUUCCUUGGAUAGUAUGGGUGUCAGCCAGCUGCAUUAUACUAAUCAUCCUAUGGUGCCUUCGGGCGAUCAUCGCCAUCAAGGAUCAGGUGCUGACUGACAUCGCGUUGCUGGGAGCUGCUCUGGUGUUGUUCAGCUUACAGGUGUACUUCAUACUGGUUGUCUUAUCGCAUUACCAGAACAUGAAGAACUCGUCUCGUCAAUUAUCUGUUGUUAUAAAGGUGUGAAGGUGGAACAAGAACAUGUACAUAGAAAUAAAUAUU